AUGAGCUCGUCGUGGCUGCUUCGACGCUGCGCUCGUCCGUGGACGACAGCGACGCAUCAAUCGAUCCACGUGGCAACGCCACUAUCUCCGCUUGCUUUCUAUACAUCUCGCUCUCGAUGGUCUGUCCAGACACUUCCUCUGAUGUCACUGGAGCUACGCCAUGCAUCAUCUGCUCACGAAAAAAGCGCUUUAUUGGUCCGGUCCAUUCCGUUCAAACGCUUUUACUCGGCUGGAAGGCAUAAAACCCCGUGGCGAAACGACAGCCGCGACUGGACCGCUGCGUUAAAGACCAGCGGACUCGUCCUCUUGGGCGCGGGCGCACUCGUCGCCUCAACUUCAUUGGCUUUUGGUCUGCUCAUUGCUGGAGCCGCCGGGUUUGGCGCGUACGCUGUGUACCACAAGUUGCUGCGGCUGUACCGCUCACGCGCUCCGUCGUCCAGUGCCAGUGACCCGUUCAGCUCUGUGAGCUCUGAGAUCGAUGCGCUGCACGACACGUUCUUUCGCCGCAGUCGACAGCGUCGCAAGGCAGAGACAGUGGCCGACAGUCCGCUGAGCGCAAUGGUUCAGGGACUGCCAUUAGUGGUGCGAGGGGCUGUGAAGAUGCUGCUGUCGGUCGUGGGAAGCGCUGUGCAGAGCUCGUUCGAGCGCGCGGAGGAGCUGCAGCGACAGACCACUGAGCUUUUGCAGGCGAACAAACGCGUGCGCGAGCAAAUGGGCGACGACGUGAGUGUGGGCGAACCGGAGCAGUGGAUGGAGUCGACGGUGAAUGGCGUUGGACGCAUUGACGCAGUGUUUCCAGUCAACGCGGCGUACCGCUCGGCACGGGUGACUAUGAAGGCUUCGAUUGGUGCCGGAGGCGAUCUGAAGAUGACGCAGCUCACGUAUCAUAAUCGCCAGACUGGGGACUCGAUCGAUUUACUGCGGGACCCGUCUGCUGGCAGACGGCCGAAGACCGUCAUUGACGCCGAGUACGUUGACCUGGACAACGACGACAGGAGCUUCCGACGAUAA